UCCAACCAGUGGCUCACCACGGCGCUGGUUGCUGUCCUCGCCUCCGCCUGCCUCUUCUUCUCCUUCACCGACAGCGUCGUGGGUCGCCGCGACGGAAAGCUAUAUUACGGCUUCGCCACAUUGCGUGGCUUCAACGUGUUCAACUUCUCCAGCGAGGAGGAGAAGCAGGAGUGGAAUGAUCUCGACCAAUUCCGGAGGCUCUGCCUUCAGCCGCUGGACUUCAUGCAUGCCUUCUUCACGGCGGUGGUUUUCCUCAUAAUGGCAUUCAGCGAUGUGGGGCUGCAAAACUGCUUCUUCCCGGAUGGCAGCAGGAACACACAGCAGCUUCUCAAGAACCUGCCACUGGGAAUGGCGUUUCUGUCCAGCUUUGUGUUCAUCAUCUUCCCCACCAAAAGGAAGGGCAUCGGAUUCAAUGACACGACUCCUCGCCAGAAGGUCGUCCAUCCCUUGAACAAAGUUUGA